UUUGUUCCGAGUUGACUCAUCUUCGUGGUUACUCCUGCUAUUCGACCAUAUUUUAACACCACGCAAACUUCUAUGGAUUUUUACGUUCUGUGGCUUGUUUUCGGAUUUACUUUUUGGACUUCAGUAUAUAGCAAUAUAUGCUUACCUCCUGUAAAACCUUUUGGAGGUUACUAUUCUCCAUCCAAAAUACAGUAUAAAGAAAAUGAAACAAUUUCGUAUUCUUGCUAUCACAGCUACUAUAAAUUUGGUAAAGAUAAAAGAAAAUGUUUACAAGAUGGAACAUGGGACAAUGAAGCAGCUUUUUGUGUGAAAAGCCUUUCGUUAGUAUAUAUUGAUUCUCAAAAAGUAGAGAGUAAUGGAAAUGUGUCAAAUUGCAGUAUAAACAAGACCACUUUUAGCCUAAGUUUUAAUUAUGACAGAAAAUAUAAAAGUGCAAUUUUCAGACUUCAUGUACUUGGAAAGAAACCAGGAGACCUUCAAAUAUUUGCUAACAACAGUAACUGCAAUUUUAACUUUGUUUUCUUCUCAAAUACAUCAUUCUUGGCUGAAUGCCAAUUACCUUUGUAUCGUCUACCAAAGAAGAAAUUAGCAGAAAUUGUUGUGGUUCACUUAUCUGAAAAUAUUCAAAUUUGCACAGUGCAAAUAUUUCCUGUUAUAGAUCCUGUAGAUUAUUCAUGUCCAUUACCAACAUUAAAGAAUGCAACUCUAUUAAGAUAUGAACCACCCAUGAAAACUGAAAUUGCAAUUUAUGGAACAGCAGCUAUUGUCCUUUGCAAUAAUUCCAUAUUAGAUCAACAGUCAGUCAUUUACUGUGGAGAAGAUAAUGCUUGGAUUGGAAGAACCUGUGAAUGUAUGUAA